AAGGAGUUCUUUGUAUCGAUGGAUUAUAUAAUUUUUAAUUUCUUACCUGAGAUAAUCGUAUUCUCAUACGACGAACACCAACGUCCCAAUAUUGAUUCUGAGAAAGUAAAUAAGAAGCGACCACAGUCGGAUUUACAGCAGCAAGGGAAUGUAUCCAAAAAUACUGUAGAGGAUGUGGAACUCAACCAACAUGACACACAAAUUGACAGUGAUGACAGAACUCCAAGCUUUCUGCAGGUCAUGAAGCAAUUGAGCUUUAUUGAUAAGGUUAUCCCUUUUUUGGUGCUCAUUUCUAUGAUAAUUGGUGUUGUUAUUGGUGUAUUCGCUAAAGAUGGGGUAGACAAGACGCUCAAUAAUCUAGAAUGGCAUGGUACACCAAUACCACUGCUUAUUGGUCUACUGAUUAUGAUAUUCCCUCCUUUAGCUGCCGUGGAAUGGGAGCUUUUUCCUUCGCUUUUCAAAUCGGCAUCAUUAUGGCUACAAUUAGCAGUAUCUUUUCUUAUAAACUGGACCAUAAGCCCAUUUGUUAUGCUCGCGCUUGCCUGGAUUACCCUACCAGACGGCAGAAUGGAGAGGUAUCGGAGGGGCGUUGCAUUGGUAGGAGUUGCUCGAUGUAUCGCAAUGGUUAUGAUCUGGAACACGAUAGCUCGCGGUAACAAUAAUCUUUGCGCUAUGAACGUCAUCAUCAAUUCGAUUCUUCAGAUUAUCUUAUUCUCACCCUAUGCCUUGCUAUUCGUUAAUAUUCUAGCAAGUGCAUCUUCAAGUUCUCCCAACUUGGAAAUAAAUUACCAACAAGUAGCUACCAUAGUAGCUAUCUACCUGUGUCUACCCUUAGCAGCUGGCUUGUUAACCCGCUUAAUUGUUAAGCUGACUAUGACGAGCAGCGGCGAGAAUAGAUUCUUCAAUUGGAUAAAUCAUUUAGCCACUAUAGGUUUACUCUAUACGAUUAUUGUAGUCUUCGCCAACCAAGGGAAGGAGGUCAUAGAUAAUAUCGGGAAGGUGUUUCGGACAAUGGUACCUUUGGCUUUCUAUUUCAUUAUUAUGUGGUCUGUCAGUUUCGCUAGUUUUUACAGUUUGCAUAAGCGCCGUUCCCAACAGCAUAAAUGGAUUGCCAAGUUGUCAACAGGUGGAUAUGAGCAAAUCGUUGCUCAAUCUUUCACGGCAUCAUCAAACAAUUUCGAGCUUGCGAUAGCAGUCUCAACUGCAGUUUUUGGUGCGGAUGCCCCAGAAACAUUAGCUGCUACUUUGGGUACAUUGACAGAAGUGCCAAUCUUACUUCUUUUGAGUUAUGUGGCUUUGUAUUUAAGAAGAAGACUCCGGUGGUAGGAGAUGUCGGGUAUUUUCGAAUAAAAUUGGAAAAUCAUCCGUAACAGACUAUCUGAUUUAUGUCAAACAGCGCAUUUCAAGCUUUUUUUUUUCAUCGAGACCAAGGGGUAGUUUACGCACAUACGCACAUUUACGAAACACGGCUAUCACAAAGAUCUCUAGCUAUUGUUGCAUGUUAAUUUGAAGACGUGAAAACUUUGCAUGAUCUGCAUCGGAAUGAACGCUACUUGAGAUUGGAAUGCACACUAAAAUCAAGACUUACAAAGGGAGAUUGUCCCUUGGUUUAGAGCUCCGCCAUUCUUAAUGAAAUUCUCACUCGCACUUAUCGCACUCGUUGCUGUUGUUUCUGCAGUCCCAGUUAAACGCUCGGACGGUGGCUCUGGUGAAUGGGCAAAUGGUGCUACCUCCAACACUGCUGCUACAUCUGGUUCAUCAAAGGGCUCAGAUGGCGAUCUCCUCAAGCGUGGCAUUGACUUGAAGCGUGGUGAGCACGACGGUGAC